CAGUUUCGUUUCUCAGGCACUUUAGGGGCAUCGGAGCUGCAGUCGCAUCUGCGUUUCCACCAUAUCCCGUCCGGUCCCUCCGGGAGCGCCAUGGCGGAGCUGGGCCACCUGGCUGAGGAGCUGUCAUGCUCCAUCUGCCUGGAACCGUUCAAGGAACCGGUCACUACCCCGUGCGGUCACAACUUCUGCGGGUCGUGCCUGAACGAGACGUGGGCCGUCCAGGGCUCGCCGUACCGGUGCCCGCAAUGUCGCGCCGUCUACCCCGCGCGGCCGCAGCUACGCAAGAACACGGUGCUGUGCGCCGUGGUGGAUCAGUUCCUGCAGGCAGAGCUGGCCCGCGCCGCGCCCCCGGACGGCUGGACGCCGCCCACCCGCGCCGCGGCCCCCAGCCAGGACGCACAGGGAGCCUGCGACCUCUGCCUGAAGGAGGCCGCCGCGAUGACCUGCCUCAUGUGCAUGGCCUCCUUCUGCCAGGAGCACCCCCAGCCGCACCUCGACAUCCCGGCUUUCCGGGACCACCCGCUGCAGCCCCCUGUUAGCAACCUGCAGAGCCGCAAAUGUCCGCAGCACAACCGCCUGCGGGAGUUUUUCUGCACGGAUCACGGGGAGUGCAUCUGCCAUAUCUGCCUGGUGGAGCACAAGGCCUGCUCUCACAUGUCCCUGAGCCAAGCCACCGCGGACCUGGAGACCAAGCUGAGGCAUAAACUAACCGUCAUGUACAGUCACAUCAACGGGGCGUCGAGAGCACUGGAGGAUGUGAGAGCGAGGCAGCAAGACAUGCGGGAGACUGCAAACAAGAAGAUGGAGCAGCUGAGACAGGAAUACCUGGAAAUGAAGGCUGUUAUUGAUGCCUCAGAGGCCAGUGCAACACGGAAGAUCAAAGAAGAGGAGAAGAGGGUCAACACCAAGUUGGACACCAUUUACCAGGUUCUCCUGAAGAAGAAGAGUGAGAUCCAGAGCUUGAAGGACGAUAUUGAACUCAGCCUGUCGAAGGGGGACGAGUUUGAAUUUCUAGAGAAAGCGUCAAAACUGCAGGGAGUGGUGACAAAGCCAGUCUACGUUCCCAAGGUGGAGCUGAAUCACGAGCUGAUGAAGGGCGUCGCCCAGGGCACCACAGACCUCAAGAACGAGCUGAAGCGUUGCGUCAGGCAGCUCCAGGAGAAGAAGUUCGAGGAGCCUGCCAGCUCAGGUGACCCUAAAGAACAUGGCCCUGUGCCCACACAAAAAACCACACGUCCUUCGAAGAAGGUUCCCAAAGAAGAAAAGAAACCGAAGAAACCUCCUGCCACUGCCUUCCCCAGUAAGCUUCCCACCUUUGGAGCACCAGAACAGCUGGUAGAUUUAAAACCAGAGUCGUGCACUGCAGGCGCAGCCAACACCCCCACCCCACCAGCCAAUGCCAGCACCUCAGAGUCGAACUCGGCGUCUGUUAGAGCGAAGGUGCUGGAGACUUUCUUAACCAAGUCCAGAGCCGAGCUCCUGACGUAUUCUGUUAAAGUCAUCCUGGACUACAACAGUGCCCACAACAAGGUGGCUCUGCUGGAGACCUAUACUGUAGCAUCUGUGGCCGAUGUGCCUCAGAACUACCGGCCCCACCCCCAGAGGUUCACGUACUGCUCUCAGGUGUUGGGCCUGCACUGCUACAAGAAAGGGAUCCAGUACUGGGAGGUGGAGCUGCAGAAGAACAACUUCUGUGGAAUCGGCAUCUGCUAUGGCAGCAUGGAACGGCACGGCCCUGAGAGCCGGCUCGGACGCAACAGCUCCUCCUGGUGCGUGGAGUGGUUCAAUACCAAGAUCUCUGCCUGGCACAACAAUGUGGAGAAAACUCUGCCCCCCUCCAAGACCACGCGGGUCGGGGUGCUUCUUAACUGUGACCAUGGCUUUGUCAUCUUCUUUGCUGUAGCCGACAAGGUCCACCUGAUGUAUAAGUUCAAGGUAGACUUUACCGAAGCUGUGUACCCAGCCUUCUGGGUAUUCUCUGCUGGUGCCACGCUCUCCAUCUGCCCCCCCAAGUAGGCAGGCAUGGACACUUGGCCUGUGGGGUGUCCAGGACUCUAGGGAAAGUGCUGUAGAUGGAGUUUUCUUGGAAGAACUUCCUUGAGAGUCCCAGGGGUUAGGAGGAUGGGAGGCGGAUUUAUGGGUGAGGAGGGAGAUGGGUAAGAGGAGGGAUUUGGCCAGGAAAGGGGUAGGAGAGGUUGUGUUGUGGGUGAGGCAUUUCUGCCUCCUGGUGCCACCUCCCCUCCCACUGUUCUGGGAGAUCUCCAGGCUGCUGAGCACUGGGGAGUAAUGACAUUAGCACCCCUUUCUCUUAUAGAAAAUCUGCAGCCACUGUAGGUUCUUCUUUAGCCACUUGGUGAAAUCCCUUUGCUGUCAUGGACAACCUUCAGAUCUUGGUGAUUACUCACUAAACAAUUUUUUUUUUUAAAUUUCAAAGUCAUUGAACUUUAAUAUUAGGCACCGUCCACACCCACGGGUUGGGGCUCAGCCUCCUGGUUAUUAUCUGUACUUGAGAGAACACCCCCAGCAAGUCUCUAGUCAGACCAGAGUUUCCCAAAGAAGUGUGUCCUUUUCCCUCACUGAAAAACAGCCCUGCUUCCCUUCCUGUUCUGCUCACCCCAUUACAUUACCCCAUUGAUUUAAAACUGUUUCUUUGAACAUAAACAUUUUAAUGCUUCAAACCAUGA